CCCGACAGUCAACAUGAGCUUAGUGUUGCUUCUUCGAAGCGCUGAGCAUAUCCACAGUUGAAUUCUCCCAAAAAAACAAAAAAGGGUGAUAUAUUCUUGACGUCUGGUCCCGAACACGUGACAGACCUGUUCACGCAUUGGAGUUACGUGACGGAUUCUUCUACCCACCGGUGUUGCAGCACAAUGGUUUUACCACCCGUUCACUUCUUCUCCCAUGGGUCCACCAUGAUGCUGGGCGAGGAGUCCAACUCCGCAACCUACUGGAAACAAUGCGGAGACGAAGCUCUCGCCCACAACAUCAAAGGCGUCGUGAUGAUGGGCGCGCACUGGGACGCCCGCGGCACAAACCGCAUCGACGUUGCGACAAACCCCAACCCUCAAAAAUCGCCUGUCGCCUACGUCCACCCGUCGAAGUACGUCGACUACAAGCUGGUGCCCGACGUCAGAACCGGGAACCGCAUUGUCGGCAUGCUGAAUGACGCGGGUCUCAAUGCCCGUCCCAACGAAACUUUUGACUGGAUCCACGACACAUACUUGAUUCUUAUCAGGAUGUUCCCUUGUGGAUGCCCGCCGACCACGAUUGUCAGCAUGAACGCGAGAUUCGAUCCACAUCUGCAUGCGCGUGUGGGCAGUGUUGUCGCAAAGCUGAGAGAAGAGAACUACCUGAUCAUUGGAACGGGAGGCGCAGUGCACAACUUGUACCGCAACCACUGGUGGCAGAUGCUGCGGCAUACGGACAACUUUGCUAUGCCGGUGCCGCCGGAAGCAGCGAUGAUGGAGUUCAGACAGAGCUUUGAAGAUGUGUUUCUGAGAAACUGCAAACCGGGCAUGAGAAAGGGUACUUUGACCAACGGAGUCACGCGAUUGAUGAAGCAUCCCCAGUUCAGAGAUGCUCACGGCACCGAUGAUCAUUUCAUGGCUGCUUGUUUCGUUGCUGGCGUGAUAGAUGCAUGCGAAGGCAUCGCUGAUGACGGUGCUGUCUUGGGUGCUGAAGACUGGGAGCUGGUCAACAUGUGCAACAGCCAGUUCACGGUAGGAAAGUGGGUGUCA